AUGAUGUCCAGUCUGGUCAUUGAUCAUCGCACUCUUGACUGUGGAGUGACGAAGAGACAACAAAAAACCACUUCAAGGGAAACGUUGAUGUUUUUGACGGAAUUGAAGAAACUUUUGAAAGAAUUUAUAUCUGAUGAAGCUGAUGAAGCUGAUGAAGCUGAUGAAGCUGAUGAAGCUGAUGAAGCUGAUGAAGCUGAUGAAGCUGAUGAAGCUGAUGAAGCUGAUGAAGCUGAUGAAGCUGAUGAAGCUGAUGAAGCUGAUGAAGCUGAUGAAGCUGAUGAAGCUGAUGAAGCUGAUGAAGCUGAUGAAGCUGAUGAAGCUGAUGAAGCUGAUGAAGUUGAUGAAGCUGAUGAAGUUGAUGAAGCAAAAGCAUCAUCUUUUGCUGAAACUCCGACGUUAGCUUUGGCAGCGAUUCAAUGUUAUGUUGGACAAAAGUUGUUCGCUUUGGAAAGUAAUAUGGCAGUUUGUGCUCCAUUCGUUCCAUAUCAUUGUGCAAUUGCGUGUGAAUGGAAACACAAUUGCUCAUCAACGGUUGGAUAUGAGGCAUUCUCUGGAAGAAGGACUUUCGUUUCUGGCCUCUUAAUCAACUCUAAAUCGUUAAUGGCACUUUGUUGUACAUCGUUUGCGACAAAAAUUGAAUCUGAUAAUCGUGGUGAGCGUUGUGCGUGGAGAGAUUGGGACUCAAUCCCCGUUUUGGGUCCAUCGAUUCGAGCCGAACCUGUACUUGGAGUUAAUCAUUACAUUCGUGAUAUUGAAAUGGAAAGAGAUGGUGAUUCAAGAGUCGAUGCAAGAAUUGAAGUCUGUCAAUAUCAGAAAGAGAUGGAUAGUUGUCAAGCCGAGAAACUCGAAGAAGCUGAGCAACACCGAUUGAAUCUAUUAAAGCUGCGUUUGGAGCGUUUCCAAAGCAAGUACGAUCUACAGAAAGAGAAUCAGGCGCCGAAAAUCGAGGAACCGGUUGUAUCUCAU